AUGAAAUUCGGCCAAACUCUCAAGUCCUCGCUUUACCCUGAAUGGACAUCGUCCUACCUUGACUACGAUGGCCUGAAAAACAUGUUGAAGAAGCGCAUAAACAACCAGUGGCUAGAAGAAAACGAAUCCGAAUUCAUCGAGUGUCUAGAAAGCGAACUCGACAAGGUCUACAGCUUCCAACGAGCCAAACUCGACGAAAUCCAAUUUAGGAUUAGACAAGAAGCCAUACAAGUCGAUUCUGUUUGCAAAAAAACUAACCCAAAAGACGAGGAGUUUUCGCUUUGUCAGGUUGAGCUGGAACGAAUCAUUGCAGACGUUUAUGAUCUAGAGAAAUUCACUCGACUUAACUACACUGGCUUUUUGAAGAUUGUUAAGAAACAUGAUGCAAUAACUGGCUGGAUAACAAGGCCAAUAUUUAGCGCUCGACUAAAUGCAAAGCCAUUCUACAAAGAAAACUAUGAUGCUUUGAUUGCCAGGCUGUCGUGUUUGUACGAUCGAGUGCGUACAAAAGGUAUUCAGCGAGGUGGUGACUCUGGUGCAGGGGGGAAACAGUCUGCGUUUAUUCGUAAUACUACAAAAUACUGGGUUCAUCCAGACAACAUUUUGAAAUUAAAGUUGAUUAUACUUCAGCACUUGCCAGUACUUGUAUUUAAUCCCAACAAAGAAUUCUGUCAGGAAGAUUCGGCCAUCACUAGCAUCUACUUUGAUAAUGAAGAUAUGGACCUAUAUAUGGGCCGGCUUGAAAAGUCAGAAGGUGCUGAGGCUAUUCGAAUGCGUUGGUACGGUGGGAUGGACACCACGACCAUCUUUGUGGAGCGAAAGACCCACCGUGAGGACUGGACGGGUGAAAAGAGUGUCAAGGCGCGUUUCCCGAUCAAAGAGAAACACCUGGAUGCCUAUCUUCGCGGAGAAUAUACAGUGGAUGAGUUGAUGGCCAAACCGAGAGAACAAGGCCGCAAAUCCAAGGCCGAACUCGACGAAAUGGAACAAUUAGCUCGCGAAGUCCAGUACACAGUACUUACCAAACGUCUUUCUCCUGUGAUGCGUACCUUUUACAAUCGAACUGCCUUCCAACUGCCAGGUGAUGCACGGGUCCGGAUCUCGCUCGACACAGAACUCUCAUUAAUCCGAGAAGACGACGAAGGUAGGGUGCGCUCAGGAAAUCAUUGGAGGCGCAUGGAUAUUGGAGUCAAUUGGCCAUUUAAGAAUCUCCCUGAAGAAGACAUCUGCAGAUUCCCUUAUGCCGUACUCGAAGUUAAGCUACAGACCCAUUUUGGUCAGGAACCUCCAGAGUGGGUGACAGAACUAGUAAAUUCACAUCUGGUAGAAUCCGUUCCAAAGUUUUCGAAAUUUAUUCACGGCUGCGCGACUCUCUUGGAAAGCAAGGUUAGAGCAUUGCCAUUCUGGCUGCCACAGAUGGAAGUAGACAUUCGCAAGCCAAAAAACAAAGCAUUUGAAUUGCUCCGGUCCAAAACCAAAACCAAAACCAAAACCAAGGCGGUCGAUAAAGACUCUGACAGCGAUCUAUCCGUGGCGGUUCAUCUUGGUGACCCAUCAUCGAUUGGCCCUUCACCUACAGAGACCACGAAUUUUCAUGGACUGAGUGCUGUUUGGGAUAAGUCUAAGACCAUAUUUAGCUCAAACAAGUCUCUUGAACCAGCAGCUUCUUUUGACAGUACCUUGGCUCUGGGAGGUGGGCAACCUGUACGUGCGAUGCCAGAGAUAGCUCCGCCUGUCAAGUUGUGGAUGGCGAAUGAGCGAACAUUUUUGCAUUGGCUGCAGUUUACACUUUUGCUGGGAGGAUUAGCGCUGGGCCUUUUGAACUUUUCUGAUGGGGUAGGGCGUGUGUCUGCAGCAGUUUUUACGGUUGUAUCGGUCGGUACGAUGGUUUACGCGCUCCUGUGCUUUCACAGCCGCGCUAGUCGUGUGGGACGAAAAGACCCGGGUGAUUACUCAGAUAGAUACGGACCAGCCAUCCUCACGACUUCUAUGAUUGUUGCGGUUGGUAUAAACUUUUACUUGCGUGUGAAUGAAUCUACCAAAUCUGGGAUCUUGCAAAUAUAA